UUUACACAACACCCAGACACUGGACUCCUGUAAUCCAGGAAGAAUCCCUGAGAGACUGGUUGAUCAGUACACUGUUUUCUAUUAUUCUUUUUGGAAACGUUUUCCUAAUCUAACACUCAUUCUAACGUAAUAAAGCCAUUAUUAUCCUACAGUUAAUCACAGUGCGCUAUAGCUGCCGCACUAGGGUUGUGCUACAAACUGAAGACGGCGGUGAAGGAGAUGGCAGUCCUGCUGCGCUCGCUCCAGCAGCACGGUGGGGAUGUGAACUGCUGCUCCCUCUCAACAGAGCUCUUGGCCACCUGCUCUGGGGACAAGACUGUCCGUGUUUACUCGUCCAGCGACUUCUCUGAGCUGCCCUUCUCCCCUCUCACUGGACACGGCUACGGCGUUCACUGCUGCUGUCUCAGCGCCUGCGGCACCUACCUCGCCUCCUGCUCCACAGACGCCCUCAUCAUAUUAUGGAGCACUACAACAGGUGCGGUGAUGGCCAAACUCGAGCAUCCGGGUAGAAGCCCCGUCCGAGUGUGUUGUUUCUCUCCGGACUCGGCCUUGCUGCUGUCCGGCGCCUCCGACGGCACUGUGGCGCUGUGGGGAGUCCGGGAGAAAACCCUGAGUAGAUCUAGUGUGGUAUGUGAGGGCACAGUGGUGGCCUGCACCUUUUCUCCCUGUGGGCAAAUGUUUGUAACAGGCACAACUUUGGGAGACUUGCGUCUCUGGAACCUUACCAUGAAUCAGAUGCGUGCUGAGAAAGAUGCUCAUGACCUGGGAGUCAACUGCUGCCACUUCUCCCCUCAAACAAAUAUUGAUGGCCAGACGAUGAAAUUUCAGUUGGCUUCUGGUGGGCAGGACAGCCAGCUGAAAAUAUGGAUCAUUUCCCACUGUGCAACAGCAGGUUGCAGUAUGAAGCUAGUACACACUCUCACUGCGCAGCUGCUCCCUGUUCUGUGCUGUGCUUUUUCAUUUGAUGGACAAAUGCUUGUAUCUGGUUCAGUGGAUAAAACAGUGGUUGUGUAUGAUGCAAAUCAGGGCAUUGUACUUCAUUCUCUAUCCCAGCAUGAACGAUAUGUGACUGCUUGUGCCUUCUCCCCCUCUGGGCUCAUCUUGGCCACUGGCUCCAUGGAUAAAAGAGUGAAUAUCUGGAGGAUUGGUGAUGCCAUAUCAACUGAUCUACCAAAAGCAACGAAUCAAGGAAGGAAGUCGCUCGGGCACUCCAGAAAGAUGGUCACUGAUUGGACGGAGGAGGAUGUGAGUGCAUGGCUGCAGGAGGAGGGACUAGAUGUACUUGUGAACACAUUUAAGGCCAAUAACAUCGAUGGACCUGAGCUCAUCACCCUCACCAAAGAUACACUGAGCACUGAUCUGAAUAUUGAGUCACUAGGUCUUCGGGGUAAAGUUAUGAGGAAGAUUGAGGAUCUGAAAUUUGCUGUGAUUGGCUCUGAUGUCCCAGAUGAGUUCCUGUGUCCGAUCACAAGGGAGGUCAUGAAGGAUCCAGUCAUGGCCGCAGAUGGCUACUCCUAUGAGAGAGAGGCAAUCAAGAGCUGGAUCAACACCUCAAAUCACUCCAGUCCUAUGACAAACUUACCCCUUCACAGCACCAUCCUCACUCCCAACAGGACCCUAAAGAUGGCCAUAGACCGUUGGAAGGCCACUCUGUGACUGUAACUGCAAGAAACCUCCUGUUUGGGCUUUCAAGGAAUUAUUUAACAAAAUAUUUGAUUAAACACAUUUGGCAUUAAAAGUAACACAAAAAUGUGUUGAUCUUAACUGAGCAUGUCAAUAUGUGUAGGACAAAAUGUAUUGUUUCUAACAUGUCUGUUUUAACAGUGUAGUAACUUGUACAAUGGAGAAUCAGCCACCAGGCUUCAUUUAUGCAUUUAAUACAGAAUUAAUAAAAAGUGUCCUAAACUUUUGAACCCAGUGUGUUUGGCAUGGACACAUUUCAAAUAGUUGGCUCUACAUGUACAUGUAGUUCAAAUCAUAAUUGUCCAGAUGUGCUUUGUAGUCUUAUAUGAAUGCCCUUGUAUGGUAAAGCAACUGUAUUCAGAUACACUAUAUGCCCAGCAGUACCAAGGCAACAUCAUCUCCAUAGAAAAGUAUUUCUUAAAAUUUCUUUAAUUCCUUUCUUAGUGCUUUUAACAGUCUGUAGCAGUAAACCAUUGAGUGAGAGUAUUCGUGUUAGCCUUUGUAUUUGAUCACUGUUAUAUAAAUAUUACAGAAGCAGUAAAUAACACAAUGUUUAGAUCUGUACACCCACUUAGGCCAAAUAUCUGUCGGUGCUGCUUACUGUUCUGCUUGAGGCUUUACAUUAAAAUUUACUCAGCUGACUUGGCGCAGACAGUCAAAAGCAAUUGUUGAAAUACACUAAAUCUUGUGUAGCUGCUUGUCAUUGUACACUGGGAAUGAAAAUCCAAUGAUGUUUGCUCCUCUGAAUGCAAUGAUGAACAGAAUGGCAGUAGUGCAGGAUGAUUAACAGUGGAUUUUUGUUUUAUUUCCUGUUGAAUAACGGCAGUAAUGCAUCUUUACAGCAUGUGAUUAAAGAGAAUACAGUUCUGCACAUUAAUGAAACAUGGCAACAAUUGCAAAUAACAUACUUAUUAAAAUAGAACUGCGUGCCCCCCGAGCGCAAUACCUCUCAUAUUUUAACUGUAUACUGUAUUUUCUCUUUUAUUAAAACCGGCAGCUGUGGCAUGCAUUUCAAUCCAGGUGAUCUCCAUAUUUAUAGAG